UUCCCAAAAUCCAAUCAAAAAAAAAAAAAAAAAUCGAAAGCACACUGGCUUUCGAGGUCAUUUCCAAUUCCACCCAGAUCCAUUUUUUAUCCAGUAAGUUGCUAUAAAUAGGUUUUCGUAAACGUGCGUGGAGCUUUUCGUUCGCGAGGUGGAUUGAGGUUCGCGCGCGGCAACCCAAGUUCGCACCGGCACCUCUCUCUCUCUCUCUCUCUGAAGUGGUGCAUUUGUAAAGAAAACGCUGCGCAAGCUUAUGCUUGAUUGAUUUCUCCCCCCUCCACCCCUUUUCGAACCGGAGGCUAAAGCUUUUUAUUAGGGUUUCUUCUCCAUUAAGUGAAGUUCUAAUGUUUGGAAUCAUACCUUGUAUCCCUUGAUCUGUGAUAUAUUGCUUUGCAAUUUUCAUGGUUCUGGUUCACAAUGGAGGCUUGCAUGGAGAAUUCGACGAACACUUUUCAGAUGUUUGUAGAAUCUCAGAAGGAGCUUUUCGACGAGCAAAUCGAUCAGCUUCAGAAGAUUGUGGUCAGGCAAUGCAAACUCACGGGUGCCAAUCCUCUAUCUCAAGAGAUGGCAGCUGGUGCACUGUCGAUAAAAAUUGGCAAAAGACCAAGGGAUUUGCUAAACCCCAAGGCUGUGAAAUAUAUGCAGUCACUUUUCUCUAUAAAAGAUACAAUUAGCAAGAAGGAAUCACGUGAGAUCAGUGCACUUUGUGGUGUUACAGUCAUGCAGUUACAGGUUCGAGAGUUCUUUGCCGGUCAGCGUUCGAGGGUUAGGAAGCUUGUCCAGUUGUCAAAGGAAAAAGUGGUUAGGUCUAAUGCCGGCAUGGCAUCUCAUGAUGGAUGCUCCACCAACUCCAAUCAUGUCAUGCCUAUUAGUCCAGUUCCUUUGAACUCUGUGGACCCUAAAACUGUUGAAGAAGCUCCUUCUUGCUCAUCACAGGAUGAAACUAUACCUGACAUAGACAAUUCUGAUAAAAAUUUCCUUGAAAAUAUUUUCAAUUUGAUGAGGAAAGAGGAAACAUUUUCUGGGCAGGUGAAGUUGAUGGAGUGGAUACUGCAGAUACAAAAUUCUUCAGUAUUAUAUUGGUUUUUAACUAAAGAUGGUCUAAUGAUAUUGGCUACCUGGUUGAGCCAAGCAGCUCUGGAGGAACAAACCACUGUUCUUCUUGUCAUUUUGAAGGUCCUUUGUCACCUUCCAUUACAUAAAGCUCUGCCAGUGCAUAUGUCGGCUAUAUUGCAAACUGUUAACAGGUUGCGGUUUUACCGGACAUCAGACAUAUCAAACAGGGCAAGGGUUCUGUUAUCAAGAUGGAGCAAACUAUUUGUGAGAAGCCAAGCUCUGAAGAAACCAACUUCCGUGAUCUCCAAUGGUGAAGCACACGAAGAAAUAAUCAGGAAUCAGAGGAUUGGUGAAAUUCUCAGUGAUGAGGUGCAGGUGACAAAAGUCGAUAUUCCUGUGCUCAUUUUAUGGGGGCAGAUUCUUUCUCUCACUUCUGGAAGUUCAGAAGUUGGCAGGGAAUCAGAAUCUUACCGAGCUCUAAAGCUGCUCCCUGCAUCCGCAGAUGAUUCAAACAGAAGGCAUACAAGAAUUGUAUCAUUACCGCAAACAAGAGAACGUAGGAGAGUUCUACUGGUAGAACAGCCAGGUCAAAAAACAGGUGGAAGAAACCAGCAGGGUGCAAAAGUUGUGACUGCAAUACAAGGCCGUCCGAUGUCAGCUGAUGAUAUCCAAAAAGCAAAAAUGCGGGCUACAUUCUUGCAAAGCAAAUAUGGCAAGACUGGUUCACCUUCCAAACACAGCCUCCUACAGAGGACUGAAGAUCCAGUCAAAUCUUCUGCUUCUCAGACCAGCAAUUCACAGUCAAUAGAUAAAACUCCCAUUAGAUCAAAAGUUGAGGAAGACACUAAAUCUACUGUACUUGGCUCAAAAAAUUCUCCUAUUAUGUUGAAAACUCCAGUUGAUUUAAAGCCAAGCUUGGAACUCCGGGUACCCCCUGAGGAGAGUUUGAAGAGGGGUCAAAUUCCAUGGCAGACACCACCAGAGUUGAGGAUCAACGGUCUGUGGGGAAUUGGCGCAGGGGAAAAGAGCAAAGAAGUUGAAAUUCAGACAGAGAGAUUACGACGGGAGAAGGAAACCUUUUACCACAAUAUUCAAGAUAUCCCAAUCAAUCCCAAGGAACCAUGGGACCUCGAGAUAGACUAUGAUGAUACAUUGACCCCAGAAAUCCCAAUCGAACAGUUACCAGAUGAUGAUGCAGCGUCAUUGCCUUCACCCUGUCAAAAUAAUGGAGAUAAAUCUGCUACCACACCAGUCGGUACCAACAAUGGCAGUGCUCCAGAACCGGACCUUGAGUUGCUUGCUGUGCUACUCAAGAACCCGGAACUCGUUUUUGCCUUGACAUCUGGCCAAUGUGGCAAUUUAACGAGUGAAGAAACAGUAAAACUUCUCGAUAUGAUCAAGGCUAGUGGAAUUGGUCUACCCGGGGGCUUAAAUGGGUCUAGUGGAAAAGCCGAACAGAAGCUGGAAAUCACAUCUCUUCCUUCCCCGACUCCUCCCUCAGAACGCAGAAUGAGCGCAUGGAGAUCAGAAGGCACCAAGAGUUUGUUGCAGCCACCUGUUCCAGCUACCAAAGGAGGAGGUUCUGGUUUCCCAGCAGUUCCCGCGACUGUUUCUUUGCUGGAGAACCCUCCUGCUACAACUUCUGUGAGACCCCAACUUCCAACAACCGUCAUCACAUCACAAAUACCAACUGUCAUCACUCAAUUAUCCCAACAGCUUCUACCAGCAUUGCAGCCAAGCUCAUCGCAACAAACCCUGGCUGCUGGAAUGCCCGAGAAUCAACUGACAGCAAUGAAUCCCUCCCCUAACCAACGACUACUGUCCAGUCCUCUGUUACCCAUGACUCACAUUCCCGUUACUUGCCCCCCUUCACAAAACCUCCACGCAUCCAGUCCACUUCUGCGGCCGGAAACAUCAAGUAUUGGACAAAUGCACAACCUAAACUCUGCCACCGUAUCAAUUGUUUUGAACCCACCAAAUGAGAGGCAACUCGUUUCGGUGCCUCAGUUGCCACCUCUGUUGCCGACUCCGACACGGCCACAGCCGCCUCUACUACCAGAGCCUCCGAUCUUUUCACCUUCAUACCCCACCAUGCCACUCAAUGCGUCUAACUCUGGAAAACAGGGCCCCUUCUCGGACUCGACAAUGGAUAGACAGGGGUCUGCAUCCAAUUCCAUUGCCCAUACUAACCAAAGCAAUUAUAAUGCGUUUCUUGGGCAGCCUCCAUUGUUGUCUGCGACACGUUGGGAGACAAAAGAGUUCACUUCUGAGCCGGAGCUUGAAAUGUGGAGUCCAGAGAGGAGCCCCAUGAGGUCCCCAGAAUACCGGUCGGGAUGGAACUUCACUGAGGCCAGAAGGGAUUAUGGCCGCAAUUCUAGGCCCGAUUGGUCAAGGCACCGGAGCUCAGGGCGCCUGAAUCGGGACUGUAGGCAUGGGGGCAGAAGGUGGCAUGAUCGGAGGCACUGAUUGUAUACUACGUCGUAGUGUGAUGCACAGCAUAUCGAUUAGGAUAGUUUCUUCUCUGAAUAGAUUUCGGUCUUUAGACCUGAGAAGAGAAUUGAGUCGGUCAUGUUACACAGUCUAUAAUGGAGAGUUGCAGAACGUCUAACAAGUCAUAUUCACUCCGUUUCUUAUAUUUUGUGCGGAUAAUAACUUGGAAGAGCAUUAGGCCA